GCUUGCACCGGUACCAGACCCAGACCAGUCGGGGCCACAAUAGGUGCAGACGCUACGCCCCCAAUGGCAGAGACGCAACCCUCUGCCAGUUGCAGUCCACAGCCGAAACAAAUGCCCGGAUCCAUGCAAACUUAUUGUCCUCAGUGGCCGAGAGGCGCAGUCAGUAUGGCUGUAUCUGGGGGGCGCAUACUCAGUUCAGCCUGACCUGUGCACCCCGCAAACGUGCCGACUUUUGUAAACACCUGGGUGCGCAUCAGCCGUUGGCUUGCCAAAGUUUCAGCAGCGAACUCCCCCUAGAUGAAAAGUUACGGACCGCGUUCUCAUGCUCAUCCUAAUGAUCUAAGUUAGUUCUACAUUAUUAUUAUGUUAGAAGGAUUCCAUUCUAAGGCCAGGAACAACCCUACCCAUGCUGAAGUGAUGCAAAAUGCGGGGGCUGGUGGAUCCAGUUUACACGAACUCGAAAUCAACCCUGUCGCAAAUAAACAACCAAAAUUAUUCAGCAAAAGAUUGCGCAUGUAGAACGCAGUUUCCGGCACGGGGUGACGACACCGCAGCAGCGGUUCACGCAAACCUGACGAGCAUGCACCAACGCUGCCUUGCGCCACGACACCUUGGCUGUAACAACAAUGUACAUCAGCUAGGCAUGCCAUCUGUGCCGCGCGGCCGGCUGCUGCCGGUCGCGAGCGCGGCCGGGCCUCGCAAAGCGCCGCGGAGCCCUGGCGUUCCCUCCUUGCAACAGCCGGCCCCACGCAGCCCCAAGCCAGAGCCCGCUCCCACACCCGCGGCCUCAACAGCUUCUGUGGCUGAUGAAGAGGAGCAGCCGCGCUAUCAGCGGCCGGAUGUCAGGACCCAGGUGGAGAACUUAACCCUUAAGCAAAUCAUUGGCGACAUAGAGAGUGGCGAGAUCAAUCUUGAGCCCGAGUACCAGCGUGACUUCGUGUGGGACGCCAAGACCUGCUCCGGCUUCGUGCGCACCGUCUACAAAGGGCUGGAGACGCCGCCACUCACGUUCCACAGGCGUGAGGACCCAAACCGUGGCGUGGUGCGGGACGUGGUGGACGGGAAGCAGCGCCUGGCGACCCUCUACACCUUCAUGAGUGGCGACAAGCAGCGCUUCCCGAAGGCGCCCACGGUGUUGGACUUGAAGGAUGACGACAUGAGCGAGUUCCUGGACGGCAAGACCUUUGACCAGCUGUCCAAGUUUGACCAGUCGUACGUGAAGGCCGUGAGCCUCACGGUUCGCACCAUCCCGGCAAGCGCCAGCCUGGACUACGUGUACGACGUUUACGAGAGCAUGAACCAGGGCGGCGUGGGCCACAGCGCGCAGCAGAUCCGGAGGGCCGCCUUCCACGGCACUUACAUCCGCAUGCUGUCACGCCUGGCCCGCCACGAGGCGUUUCAGCAGCUGGCUGACCUGACGGAGGCGGAUAAGGAAGAGCUGCUGGGCGAUGAGCUGGUGCUGCGUUUCUUCGCGCUCUAUCGCGCCGCCGUACCCGCACUUAAGCGGCCGUACCGUAUGCCCAUGAAGCGCUUCCUGAACGAGGAGCUGCAGGUGCUGGACCCCGGCAGCGCGCGGCGGGUGGUGCUGCAGCUGAGCGAGGCGGAGGAGCGGGACAAGGAGGAGGCGUUCAGGACCACCAUGGAUGUGUGCGCGGACUUGGGCCUCAAGGCACUUGCGGAGGAGGCGCUCAAGGCCGGAGGCGGCCGCGGCAAAUCCUUCCGGCGGGGCGGUGGCGGCGGCUCCACCAACGUGCUGUGGGACGUGACGUUGGUGGGGCUGCGGUUGGCCCUGGACGAGGGUGCCAAGCCGCUGGAGUUCAAGCGGCACAAGGCCGCGGUGCAGGCCGGCUUCCGGUGCCUGCUGGAGGACCGGCGCUGGGCGGAGGUGCCGGCCGUGCUGAGCCAGAAGAGCUUCAUGGCGCGACUGGAGCUCUUCCGACAGCUCGUCAUCAGCGCGGCAUCCCUUGCCAAGCCUGUGGCGCCCCAGGCCGCCCAGGGCCCGCGCGCCUUCUCGCCCUCCGUGCGGGACAAGCUCUUUGCGCGGGAGUCGGAGCGCGGCGGCGCCAGCGGCGUGCGCUGCGCCUAUUGCGGCAUGCCCAUCGUGCACGUCACGGAUGCGGAGGUGGACCACGUGGUGCCGUACGCCAGUGGCGGCAGGACGACGCUGGACAACGCGCAGCUGCUGCACACGCUGUGCAACCGGGAGAAGGGGAAGAAGUCCAUGAACGCCGCGCCAGCGGCGGGCGGGGCUGACGUGGCUGGGGAGGGAGGCGGCUGAUGCGGCGGCGGCGGGGGAUGGUCAGUGUAUAACGUGGGCAGCGGGCGGCAGGGUUGGCGCGGGGUUGCCAAGGCACCAGGACAGCGGGCCGAAUUCCGGCGUGGCCGGACCAAAGCGGGGUGAACGAAAUGUGCCUCGUGUGUAUGCUUGUACGCCUGGUGUGGCAAUCAUGGGAAUGGCAAACGCAGACAAACCGAUCAAGGAGCCUCAUUAACAGGCUGUGGCGGCACAGGUGGCGGUAGCGUUGUGGUGUUCGUGGCAGGGUGUGGUGUUUCUGGUGUUUAGUGCGCGCUGCCCUAACCGCAAACCGACCCCAAGUGGUCACAAACGCAUCGGGUGAAGGCGGUCCCGUCACUGGAUGGCGGCCGCGCUGUGCGAAUGGGGCGCGGCGCCUGGACGAAGCGGCGGGGGGCCGGAGCCGCUGACCGCCUGACCCGGAGACCAGGAAAAGAUGAGAAGGCCGCGGUGCUUGAAGGUGGGGGCGUGUGCUGCAGGGCUCAAGCUGGGCCAAGCUUAAGGUGGUCCAAACGGAACUGCCAGUAGAAAGCGUGACCUGUCCAGUCAGUCGCUGCCGUCUGCACUCCGGCGUUUCCGGGUCGGGACAAUCUGUGUACUCUUUGGUAGACCAUAUUAUGAGCCUCGGGCUUCGAAAACAAAAGCGGACUUGGCGUUUGACAGACCAUGCGGUGCGCGCGAUGGUGUCGAUGGUGAUGGGACGGUUCAUCAACGCCCUCUUCGC